CAGUUUCGCUACAAUCCAUUCAGUAAUUGAACGUCACCAGAGCAGGUAGUUGUGUCGCUGUGAUCCGAGCUCCGCUUUCGCAGUAGUCUGAAUCAUACUUAACGCUGAGUCAAUGUGAAGUGAUGUUAGUUCGUAUCCUGUUGUGACCAUCAACGUGUUAUGCACGCUAUGAGUGACCCCGCAGCCCUUGCCGGCAUGCUGCCUUUUGAUUCAAUUGGACUGUAUGAACAGCCGAAACCAAGGUUCAUCUUCAAGAUGCCGCGAGUAGUGCCAGACCAGAAAGCUAAAUUCGAAUCGGAUGAUCUCUUCAAAAGACUGAGCAGAGAAAGCGAGCAGGUGAGAUACACGGGCUUCCGCGACCGGCCCCCGGAGGAGCGCCAGAUGCGGUUCACCAGCGGCUGCCGCGAGGGCCACACGGAGAUCGCCUUCACAGCCACGGGCACCAACCUACAGCUCGGCUUCGACCCCUCCUACAACAACCGUAGUUGCGACUUCCAGAAGGAAAACGGGAAGGCACAUAUAGUUUCACGCUUCAUCAUGAAUGGUGUCUGCGUGCGAUGGCGAGGCUGGAUUGACCUGGAGCGGCUGGACGGCGCGGGCUGCCUCGAGCUGGACGAGGAGCGCGCCGCCAUCGAGGACGCUGCCCUGCGCGACCAGAUCGAGCGAUACAACCAGCGACUGCGCGACUUCGAGGACAAGCAGCGCGCGUACCGCGAGCACGGUGAUGACCUCCGGUCGCAUGCACACGUGCACGCACAGCGCUGCCACCAGCCCCGCCAGCCCCCCCUCACCGCACACCCGCCGCACCCUCAUCCACCUCAUGCCGUCCACAUCAAGCCACACUCUCAAGGAGCUCUCAUUUCCUAAACUACAACUUCUAUCGUAGAUAAGUAAUAUUAAACGAAUGUCUUAGAUUUACAAUAGUUCCAAAGGUACAUCUUUAGGUCAUAUUCUAUGUCUGUUGCUCUUGGAAUUGUAUUGUUGGAGUUGUUCUUCUAUUAUUAUUUGCUGCAAUACAACUGUCCCUAAUGACUGUGUAUAGUUAUAAUAUUAAAUUGCGUGAAGGCAUAUUUAACUACAUAUGUUCACUUAGUCUAUCUUCUACAACAGACGUAGAAUAUUAUAAAAUAGGUAUAUACACACUUCCUUAAUUAUUUACAAUAACCUACCAACAAUACAAAUUCAAAUGUAAGUAAUUUACUGGCUUUGAUUAUAAACGAUAUCUACUUAUGCUUACCUAAAAAGCCUUUAAACCUAUGAUAUUUACUGCAAGAAAAUCCUAUAAUGAUUCUAAAUACAAGUACCAAUGAAAGUUCACCAAAAACGAAAAAGUACAUGCUAAUUGGAAAAUUAUAUACUAGGUAGCUUUAAUUAUAAUAUUCCAAUUACAUGUAUUUAUCAUAAGCAGUGAUCGGAUAAUCGGAAUUAUAUUUAACUAAACUUAAUUUUUCGAUAGGAUAUUAUGGAAGCGGCUUCUUAAAACAUUUCUUUGUAAUCCUUAUUUUUCAUUCGUUUGAGAUAAAUGUUAUGACAAUUGAAGAAAAAUUAAGACGACGUUUUUACUUUUUUAUUAAGUUUUUUUUUGUACAAAAGUUAAAAUAAGUAAAUAUACCUACACCCGAUUUGAUUCUAUAAUAAAAACACUAAAUUUGUCGAUUCUGAAAUCCCAAGACUUUUUUCGAUAUAAAAGUGCGUUCCAUAUUAGCCAACCAAAACAUUAAAAUAAGUAAAUAUAAACACGCGAUUUGAUUCUAUAGUAAAAGAAACUAAAUUAGUCAAUUCCGAAAUCCAGGGAUUUUUUAGAUUCAAAAGUGCAUUCCGUAAUAGUCAACACCUCAACUUUAUAUGCAUCCGAUUGUCCGAUCACAAGAUAUAAGUCUACCUAUAAAUAUUUAUUCUAACGUUCUAAAAGUAUACCUACUCAAUGUCUGUGUUUGAAAAAUUGCAAUGCUAGAUAUAGAUUUUGCGUAGUAAAAACUGAUGUAGUUACUGAAGUAGUGACGUCAAAUAAUUAUUAUCAUUAGUUAUAUACGUGGACAUCUUAUACUUUACUGAAUUUUGGAACUUUCGUUAAAUAACCUUAGUUACAAAGAAGUCAUUCAGUACUUAAUGUUUUAAUUUUUAUGUAAAAAAUUCACAGAGAAUUCAACUGAUCUGUCUAAAUUUCAAAUUAAUACUUAAAGAUAAAGUUUUAGUUUUCCGAUUCAUUAUACUUAUGCUAAAUCAAAUCGUUGAUAAUCAUUAUUUUUGCAUUACUCGUAGAUGUUCUUGUUUGACUUGUGUUAAUGGUCAUGUUAUUUAUUUUUAAGUUGAAUUUAUAUAAUUAUUAAGGUAGUUAAGGUAAAUUCCUAUAUAAUUAUUAAUUGUGAUAGUAAUGUGAAUAAAUCUUUACCUCAUUUCGUA